AUGGCCGUCUAUUCACCCCCGUUCACUGGCUUAUCAUCUUUACACUUCUCAGCUAGAAUUGAAGUUAAAACUGAGAGACAAUGGAGUUUGAACUGUGCUAUGAAGCCACCGGACAGUACAAGCUUGCGAAACUCGGGUGGCAGUUACAGGCGAGUUUGGAGGCGGAGAAAAUUGGUCAAGAAAGAUGAUAUGUUGGACUACAAAAUGGAAAGAAUUCCUUUUCUGGAGGAGCAGGUAAGGAAGAUAAGAGAAGGCGGAAAGCUCUUAACAAUGGACAUUCAUAGGUUAUUAUUGUCAGAAGACAACAGGUUCCACUUUGUGAACGAAGUGGCUGCUGAGGCCAAGCAGUACGUUGAGAACAACCGGGAUGAGUACGGUGCAAAGAAGGCGAUCCUUCACGUCCUCAGCAAUCGUAUGAACGAUGCUGGAUUUUAUCGUCCGGAGGCAUACAUGGAAGCAGACCCCUUCAAGCCAGGUCCUGGAUAUCUGAAAGAGGAACUUUAG